AGCUAUCUCUGACGUCUACUACCAUCUUCAUUUUUUACUUGCUCGUCGUCUUGGACGAUGUUCAACCUCUCCCAUCGUACCGCAAAUGCCGUGCGGCGGCUGGCUGCUGGUAUGGCCACCGCUGCACCCAGAAUUGGUGAUACCAAAGUUCCGAUGUCGCUACUUGAGAAAGGCGCGUACAUCAACUACCAAAGGAUUGAAGACAAUCUAGCUAUCGUUCGUGACCGUCUCAGCCGUCCUUUAUCGUUGGCAGAGAAGAUCGUGUAUGGCCACCUUGAUGACCCUCAUGGUCAGGACAUUCAGCGAGGAGUCAGCUACUUGAAGCUCAGACCUGAUCGUGUUGCGUGUCAGGAUGCUACUGCCCAGAUGGCCCUUUUGCAAUUCAUGUCUGCUGGAAUGGACACUGCUGCGGUCCCUACUACCGUACACUGUGACCACUUAAUUGAAGCUCAAAUUGGCGGUGUGAAGGAUUUAGCUCGGGCUAUUGACAUCAACAAAGAGGUUUACGAUUUCUUGGCUACCGCUACUGCUAAGUACGGUCUUGGUUUCUGGAAACCCGGUUCAGGUAUUAUUCACCAGAUCAUCCUCGAAAACUAUGCAUUCCCCGGAGGCAUGAUGAUUGGUACAGACUCUCACACUCCUAAUGCCGGGGGGCUUGGUAUGGUUGCUUGCGGUGUCGGUGGUGCCGACGCGGUUGAUGUCAUGGCUGGUCUUCCUUGGGAGUUGAAGUGUCCAAAAGUAAUCGGUGUCAACCUGACUGGAAAAAUUAGCGGCUGGACUACACCCAAGGAUGUUAUUCUCAAGGUCGCUGGCAUUCUUACUGUCAAAGGUGGAACGGGAGCUAUCGUUGAAUACAAAGGUCCUGGUGUCGAGUCGUUGUCCUGUACUGGUAUGGCCACGAUCUGUAACAUGGGUGCAGAAAUUGGUGCCACAACUUCGAUGUUCCCCUUCAAUUCUCGGAUGAGCGACUAUCUCAAUGCGACCAAGCGCGGCGACAUUGCCAAAUAUGCUCAACAAUUUGCUCACAAUCUGAAAGCUGAUGAAGGUGCUGAGUAUGAUCAACACAUUGAAAUAAACCUUUCGGAGCUGGAGCCCCACAUCAAUGGUCCUUUCACUCCUGAUCUCGCUACUCCACUAUCCAAAUUCGCUGAGGAAGUGAAGAAAAAUAACUGGCCUGAGGAACUCAAAGUUGCUCUCAUCGGUUCUUGCACAAACUCUUCUUAUGAGGAUAUGUCUCGUUCUGUUUCCAUUGUCAAGGAAGCCUCUGCGCAUGGCUUGGACGUCAAGAGCAAAUUUACCAUCACCCCAGGUUCUGAACAAGUCCGUGCUACUAUUGAACGUGAUGGUCACAUUGCUGCUUUUGAGAACGUCGGUGGUCUUGUACUGGCUAACGCUUGCGGACCUUGUAUCGGUCAGUGGGACAGGCAAGAUGUUAAAAAGGGCGAAGCUAAUUCAAUCAUCACUUCUUACAAUCGUAAUUUCACUGGGCGUAACGACGCGAAUCCCGCUACUCAUGCUUUUGUCGCUUCUCCUGACGUCGUCACUGCCAUGGCAUUCGGUGGAUCCCUUACUUUUAACCCAAUGACUGACUCUCUGAUUGGUUCUGACGGCAAGCCUUUCACAUUUUCCGAGCCUCGCGGCGAUGAACUUCCCCCUCGUGGCUACGACCCAGGUCAAGACACUUUCCAGCCUCCUCCCACUGAUCGUGCCAGCGUAUCAGUUGCUGUUGACCCCAAGAGUGACCGUCUUCAAUUGCUACACCCGUUCGCACCCUGGGAUGGAAAGACCCCUACCGAUUUGCCAAUUCUGAUUAAGGUCUCGGGGAAAUGCACAACUGAUCAUAUCUCUGCUGGUGGACCUUGGCUUAAAUAUCGUGGUCACCUUGAAAACAUCUCUCAGAACUGUUUGAUUGGUGCAAUCAAUGCCGAAAACAACACGGCGAACAAGGUCAAGAAUCAAAUGACCGGCGAGUAUGGUGGUGUUCCUCAGACUGCAGCGUACUACCGUGACCACGGCAUCAAGUGGGUUGUCGUCGGCGACCACAACUACGGCGAAGGAUCCUCCCGUGAACACGCUGCUCUAGAACCUAGAUUCCUUGGCGGAUUGGCCAUCAUCGUUAGGUCUUUCGCUCGUAUUCACGAAACCAACCUGAAGAAGCAGGGGAUGCUCGCUUUGACAUUUGCUAACCCAGAGGACUACGAAAAGGUCAAGCCUAGCGACCGUGUCGAUAUCCUUGGUCUUGAUUCGUUUGCUCCGGGCAAGAACUUGACUUUGGUGUUGAGGCAUGAGGACGGAUCGAAGGAGGAAGUUCCCCUCGCUCAUUCCUUCAAUGAGGGUCAAAUUGAAUGGUUCAAGGCCGGCUCUGCUCUUAAUCUGAUGGCGGCUCAAUCCAAGAACUAAUAAACUAUCCUGUAAGCUAUGUGCAUUGUCAAUGCAGAACUACUUGCAAUUCGACAGCAGGAUGGAUGGAUUCAUAGAUGCCCCUACUAUUCAAGGGAGGCUUCAUUCAACACAGUGGAAGGUGUAUUAAAAUUAUGUCCGUUUCGGCUCUAUCUUUCUUCAUCCCAAUUGCUUCAGCAAUACGUAUCUUCGUUGUCUCUUGAACCUUGUACGCUACUGCUAGAGUUGUGUAGGCAUAAUGACCAUGAAUAAACGAAGAUUAAUUAACCUCUAAAA